AUGUCCUCCGCGUCCCCCCCCUUCGACUUCCCACGCCUCUUCCCAACCGGCCACACCGACGAGCGCGAGCCGAACCCCCCCAACCCCCCAACCGACCACCGACCACCCAAGAAAACCCGCCCCCUAGCCGCCUCCCCCCAGCCAGCCGACUUCUACUGGCAGUACAAAUGCGCCAUCUGCCACGCGCCCAUCGCCCAGGCAGACGGCGCCGACUUCAUCGGCCACGCGCCCUGCCUGCACCGGGGGACGUGCCCGCGGUCGAGCUGCAUCCGCGCGUACUACGGCGGCAGCCGUCAGUGGGCGCUCCCGUACGAAAGAGGCAGCAGCAGCAGCAAGCCGCUAUUCUGCCAGGCGGCGGGGUGCGGCGGGCGGAUUGAAGCGUGGUGCUAUGUGAAGGCGGUGGCGUCGCCGCGGAGGGGCCGCGUGGUGGCGCUGCCACAGGGGGAUCCGAAGGUGGAGAAGGCGGAGAGGAAGGCGAGGAUGAGGGAGUGGGAGAGGGAGAGGGAGGUGAAGGAGAGGGGGGAGCGGAGGGAGAGGAAGGAGAAGGAGAAGCGAGAGAAGGAGAACCGGCGGCCGUUGAUUGAGGAUAGGGUGGAUUUUUUUCUGGGGACCGCUCUCCUUUGCGGUGCGGUCUGCUGCUGUUCUCCUUUGAUAUGCUUCAGGGGGGUGCUUGAUCAGUAA